GGAAGCGGCCUGAUAUCCAGUGUUUGCCAAGCUCCCAGGAACAUGGCUCAGGAACUCGUCAUGCAAUAAUAUUCCCCAGUGGAAAAAAAAAAUCCAAUUUUUUAUUUGAAUAAAAAACCGGCUUUUUUUUUUUAUCAAUUCUCGAAUGUGACUGUUUAAUUGGACAGUGUUUAAAUGGUUUUGAUUUUUUGUUUUAAAUUACCGUUUUUUUUUCUUUGUUUAAAUAAUAAUAAAUAAAUUAAUAAAAAAGCAAGUAAACUGUGGUGUAAAAUAAAGAAACUCAAAGUCAACCAAUAAAUCUAGGAAAUCAAAAAUGAAAUUGAUAUAAAAUGGAGACUAAUGUUGGACAAAGUGUGUGAUAAAUUGACUACAUAAAGGCGUCUGUCUGUAACUUGUUUAAUAAAAUUCAUAAAUAAUCAUUAACAAUGGCAAAAAUUGACACAAUUGAUAUGUCAAAAAUAUUAGAAGUUCAAGUUACACAAGGUGAAAUGCUUGACGACUCACCAAUAGCAACAAAUUCAUUAGGCACAAUCACAACACUGAGACCAUCUCAAAUAAUAACUCCUCAAGAAAGGACAUUUUGUGAUGCCAUGUUUGGCUGUGAUUUGGCUAAAGUACGUUUUAGAAAAAUUCAUUGUACAGCUUGUGAUGUACAUAUUGGUUCAGCACCAUCAGAAUCACAUAACAUGCAUUCACAUCCAAUAUUAAAAACUCUGUUAUGUACAUCAUGCAGAGACUUUUAUGGGGACGGUUUAUUUGAACAAGGUGAUGAUGCUACUGAUAUGUUUUGUCGUUGGUGUGCCAAUGGUGGAAAUCUUUAUUGUUGUUCAUACUGCAGUAAUACAUUUUGUUUGAAAUGCAUAAAACGUAACUUUGAAGAUCACGUUAGAAACAGAAUUGAAGCUGAUGAAAAAUGGAAAUGUUUUGUUUGUAAUCCAGAAGAUUUAUAUACACUUAGAGCAAUUUGUUGGGCAUUGCUACAACAUGUUAAAACUCUUUCAAGAAUACUUCAAGCUGAUAAUUCAAUGACACAACAAGAAAUACAAUCAAAAUUGGAACAAGAUGAUUCACUUUGUUGUAUUAAUAAACGACCAAAACCAGCAAAACGAAAAAUAAAACAUGAUGAUAUAAAUAAUUCUGAUGAUGGUACAUAUUUACCAGUAAAUACCACACAUUCAUCGAAAAAAAAAACUAAAAAGAAAAGAUUAAAUUCAUCAACAUACAAUGAUAAUGAUAUUAAUUAUGAACAUGAUGAUAUUGCACCACUAUUACAGUGUGAACAAUCAAUGAUUGUUGAAGAUGACAUUGAUUCAAUUUUACCAUAUUCACCAUAUGAUUCAUCAAACUUAAAAUUAACAGAUUCAAUAAUAAAUAAUAAUAAUAAUAGUUACAGUGUAUCACCAAUGCAAUAUCGUCCAGUUGUUAGAAAUGGUCAAACACAUUUGAUACCAUUACGUACAGUACGUACAAUUGAUUUAUCAACAUCUGGUAAUACAUCACAAUUCAAUAAAAAUUCACCAAAUAAAUAUCAUUCGAAAUUCACCAAAAAACAAUCAACUGGUACAGAAGCAGCUAUUAAUUUAAAUGUUAAUAAUAAAAAUACAACAACACCAAGUGUCAUUGACCUUGAUAGUGAUGAUAAUGACAAUGACAAUGAAAAUACAACAAAUACAACAAUAAAUAAUAAUCAAAUAAUUGAAAUUGAUGAUACAAAUCAAAAUAAUAAUAAUGCUAAACAAAAUUAUCCACGUUUAACUGUUAAAACAUUUGAAUGUGAAAUAAAUAAUCCAAUAAAAUCAAUUGAUAUAAUACUUAAAAAAUUACGUAGUAGAUUAAAAAUUGAUAUGAAUAAUUUUGAAAAUUCACCAAGUGGUAAUGAUGUUAAUGAUGCAAGAAAAAAAUUAAAAUUAAUUAAUAAAAAUAUUGAUAAAGUUGUUAAUGAAUUGGCAGAAUUUAAUAAUAAAAUGAUUAGAAGAUAUAAACCAUGGAAACAAACAGUGAUAAGUGGUAAAAAUUUACAAGAUAAUAGUACAACUGAAAUAAUAUUAUAUAAAAAAAAUCAGGGAUGUAUAUUACCACUUGAUAUGGAAUGUGUUGAUGAUUCAGAAGAAGAAAUAGAAGAAGUAGAAGAAGUAGUAGAAGAAAGAGAUAAUGGUGAUGUUGGUACUGAUGUUGAUACAAAUAUUGAUUGUAUUGUUGAUUUUACAAGAAAAUUAACAACAUUCAAUGAGAAAGAAACAAUUAGCCAAGGUUGUAAUACUGAUUGUAUAAAAACCCAAGACAAAGGUAUACAAGUUUAUGAAACAAUAAAUAAAGAUUAUGAUAUGACAAUUGGUUAUUCAUUAUUAAUGAGAGCUGAUUAUGAUGAAAAAAAGAAAAAAGAAAUAUACAAACCAGUUGUUAUACAUGAUAAGUAUUUUGGUAAAUAUGAAGAACAGUUUAUAUUUUAUCUUCAAGCUUAUGAGGAUCGUAUUGGUGAUACAUGUGAUGAUGAUAAUGAAAAAGAAAAUACUAGUCCUUAUAAUUGUAAUGAUAAAACGCUAAUUGAUAUUAUUGAUAAUGAUAUUACAAUAUUAAAAAAACAAAAUGACAUACAAAUUAUUGAUGAGAUAUCAAAUUGUCAUGAUGAAGAAAGCAUUGAUAGUCAUAAAAAUACUGAUGUUAUUGAUGAUAAUAAUUUAACACCAGAUGAAGCUAAUAAUACUGAUAAAAAUUUAAAUUCAAAUAAUGAUGAUGAUCAAGAUAAUACAAAUGAUGAUAAUGAUAAAAUGGAAAUAGAAAACGAGCAAGAAUCAUUAAUUAAUAUUAAAAAUAAAAAACAACAAAUUAAUCAAGAUAGUAAAGAUUUAAAUGACGAUAUUGAUGAAGAAAAUGAAAGCAUAUUGUGUAAUAAUAAAACACAAGAGCCAAUUAGUAUAGUAGAUCAUAAUUAUGGUAAAGAUAUUGAGAAUAAAAAAAGCGAUAAUAAUAUUGAGAUUCAAAUUGAUGACAAUGACGAGGAUGAUGAUGAUGAUGAUGAUGAUGAGAUUGAAAAUGGCAAAAACGUUGAUGAAAUUUCAGAAGCAUUGACGUCAAUUGAAAAAGAAAUAUCUGAAUUUUCAAAAUUGGAAACAGAAUUACUUGAUAGUCCAAGAAAAUCAAGUGUUACGUCAAUUGUUCAUAGUAAUACUGUUGAAAAUGGUUUAGCUAACAAUGAAAAUUCAAGUCCAAUUGAACCUGAAGAAGCUGCUAAAGCUGUUCGAGCACUUAUUGAUGAUCAUUCACUGGAUAAUAAUACACCACCAAAUAAAUCAACAAACGAGGAUGACGAUGAGUGCACCAUUAUUGAUUAAAAA